GAGUCUCUCGAGCUCUUCACCAGCGAUGCGAUCUUCCCCAUGUGCGACUCGCUCACGUUCGGCGUGGUCUCCACCUCUUGGGUCUUCUCCGCGCGCUCAGAGGGCUUCGAGGUCUUGGGUGUUUGGCAGACCCCCGACGGCAACACUACCGAUGCAGUGGGCCACUGGUUGCAGAAAGCCUCCCAGGCGUUCUGGAAGGACGCCAAGAUCUACCUAGCUACCUCUGUACCGUUGGGAGUCCGCUUCGAUCGAUACGAGAAGAGG